GGAUAUCAAUUUUGGACUAAAGCCAAUGACAAAGGGAUUUUUACCAUUACCCAUGUUCGAACUGGAGACUAUAAUCUUUAUGCAUGGGUUCCUGGAUUUAUUGGGGACUACAAAUUAGAUAUGACUAUAACUAUCUCUUCAGGAAGUCAAAUCAAUUUGGGUGACCUUGUGUAUAAGCCUCCAAGGGAUGGUCCUACUUUAUGGGAAAUAGGAAUUCCCGAUCGCUCUGCUGCUGAGUUCUUUGUCCCAGAUCCUAAUCCUAUCUAUGUCAACAAACUCUAUGUUAAUCAUCCUGACAGAUUUAGGCAAUAUGGUUUAUGGGAGAGAUAUGCUGACUUGUAUCCUGACAGUGAUCUUAUUUAUUCAGUUGGUGCGAGUGACUAUAGAAAAGAUUGGUUUUUCGCUCAUGUUACCAGGAAGAUUGGAGAGAACUCCUAUCAAGCAACGACAUGGCAAAUAAAGUUCCAAGUUGAUAGUGUCAAUCAAACUGGAGCUUACAAGCUUAGAGUAGCACUUGCCUCUGCCACAAUUUCUGAAUUACAAGUUCGUUUUAACGAUGCAACGAUAAAUCCUCCUCACUUUACAACAGGGCUAAUUGGUAGAGACAAUUCGAUUGCAAGACAUGGAAUUCAUGGAUUAUAUUGGUUGUUUAACAUUGAUGUGCAAAGUGCAUGGCUUAUUCAAGGUGAUAAUACAAUCUAUUUAACUCAGACCAAGAGUACAAGCCCUUUUCAUGGAAUCAUGUAUGAUUAUAUCCGCAUGGAAGGCCCUCCAGGACAAUAAUAUAAACAAAGUGGAUAAGUCAUGCACUAGCUAACUUCUUACUGUCGCUUAAGAACAUCUCUAUGUGCAAAACGUGUGGCUCUGGGUGUCAAUCUGUCAUUACAGAUUGACCUUUUUAUUCUUC